AAGCUGGCUGUGUGGAUAAGGCAGGUUGGGCAGGUUGCUGUGACAUGUGGGGCAGGAUGGGAUUGCUCACUCGCUUUCCUUCUUUUCCUCCUCCUCAUCGGAUUAUUUUGCAGCAGGUCCCACGUACCCUCCCUCCCUCCCUCACACACACACUGGCUCUCUUUUAGGUUGCUUUUGUUUUUAUUGUAUUAUUCUCUUGUGCAACAGGGGGCAGGAGAAACUAAGGGUGGCCUUGAUUUUUCUCUUUAGCAUUUUAAACACACACACACAGUGUUUGGGGUAGAGAGAGAGAGAGAGAGAGAGAUCUGGUCCUUGGUCCUGUGAGUUGCUACCUCUACAUGCCUGAGCCAGCAGACAAAGCAAGCACGGAUGAAGUUGGUACGGUUACCCCGGGGCUUGCUGUUUCCUCCUUGGGUCAGACGAAUCUCAGAGACUUCCCUGCCCCCUGUCCGCUACUGAGCUGAAAAUCCACCUCUGGGAUUUAACCUGCUGCUCUUGAAUUUCCUCCUCUCCUGCCUGUCUCACUCUGCUUCUUCCACCCACCUUCCCCCCUCUUCAACACUCCCUGGACCAGAGCUGGAUUCUGAUGGAACUGCCAAGAUGUUCAUGUCCAGAAUCCUGGAUUUUCAGAAGACAAGAUAUGCCAGGUUUAUGAAUCACAGGGUCCCGUCCAACCGGAGAUACCAGCCAACGGAGUAUGAGCAUGCAGCGAACUGUGCCACGCACGCCUUCUGGAUUAUCCCCAGCAUCCUGGGCAGCUCCAUCCUCUACAUCCUCUCAGAUGACCAUUGGGAGACCAUCUCAGCCUGGAUAUAUGGGUUUGGCUUGUCUGGCCUCUUCACUGUCUCCACCAUCUUUCACACCAUCUCCUGGAAGAAGAGACACCUCAGAACAGUGGAGCACUGCCUGCAUAUGUUUGACCGGAUGGUGAUCUACUUCUUCAUAGCAGCAUCGUAUGCCCCCUGGUUGAACCUACGGGAGUUGGGUCCCUGGGCCUCCCACAUGCGCUGGAUCAUCUGGAUCAUGGCAUCUAUCGGAACCAUCUAUGUUUUCUUCUUCCAUGAGCGGUACAAGCUGGUGGAGCUGGUGUGCUACGUUAUCAUGGGAUUCUUCCCCGCCCUGGUGAUCUUUUCAAUGCCGAACCGAGAUGGCCUCUUGGAGCUGAUGGCUGGUGGGCUUUUUUACUGCCUGGGCACGGUGUUCUUCAAGAGCGACGGGCGCAUCCCCUUUGCCCAUGCCAUCUGGCACCUCUUCGUGGCAACCGGAGCGGGCAUCCACUACUAUGCCAUUUGGCGGUACCUCUACCGGCCCAACGCGCUGGAGGCCAAGACGUCCAGAUAAGAGCCCCAAACGACACGGGACACGCAAAUCGGCACUUGGGGGCAGAUUUCCCAAGGAGCUUGGCUCUGAUUCCUGACGGAAAGCCAUUCCCAGGGCCCGCUCCCCUGAUGGGAGGGAGUCUCUGGUGUCCGUUUCCAGACAAUCUCACGCAGACGGAAGAGCCCGAAAGGUUUAUUUUAAACUGAUUUUAACCUUGUAUAGUGUUCGGUUGUUAGGCAAAUGUUUCGUAACAAAAUGAACAGCUAAUGGGGUUGCUGGCGGAGCGGACUGACCCGACCAGGGCAAUGGUCUUUGUACUAAGGCCUUGUUCACAUGGUCCCGAACAACCUUGAAACUUGCAAAACCCUCGUCCAGAUGGGAGCCCCGAACCAGCAGGAGCCCAGUCUCUGCAGUUCUGGCUGCUGGACCCUCUGGCGGCUUUCAAGGGGAGAGGCUACCCUUAGAUAGAAGCCAUUAGCUCCAGGAGGGACACUGGAGGCUGGUGAUGCAUGAAGGUGGAUAGGCAGAAUGGACACUUAACACCAGAGAACACCACCGGGAUAAGAGCAUAAGGUACCAGGUUUGUUUCCCACUCUAACGAGCUUCCACUGGCAGAUAGUUAAGGGGACAACUUCUUAAACAAGGCUCCUUGAUUCUGCCCAGAAAGGAGAGCAGGCAGGAGAUGUCAGACCUCACAUGUCUGUCAUCUGACGGGGCUCUUUUUUAGGGUUUUUUUCCUUAAAGGGCUAGUCCCCCGCUCCCUCCGCCCCCAUUGUACAACUAACUUCGGGGAAAGCAGGUUCUUGUAGCAGCAGACGAGCAAGGUGAACCUGAGCUUGGUUUAACCAGGGGCAGUUAAGAUCACGUUUCCCCGGCCCACAGCAUUCUGAAGGCAGAGAGCGGGGCUGGAAAAGAGGUUCUGAGUUUGGCCAGUCUGUAGCAGCAGGAUAAAAUCUUAGUGUGGGGUCUGAUUGGGAUCCCAAGUGUGGAGGUGGGAUGCAAAGGGAGUCAGGGAGCCUGCCUCACCCUAGGAUGAGUUACUACUCAUAGGACCAAGUUUAACUCUGGCCUGGGGACCGACUGGCCCUGGGGCUGAAUUCCCUUUUUGAAUACAGCUGCCAGUGUCGCAGUCUGCCAGAGAAGGAGCAGGGCGGGCCGUUCCUAGGUUUCCGUAGGGAGAGUUGUUUCCAUUGACGUUUUAAAUCUCGUCUCUGUAGCGUGGGGAGGAUUCGCACGCUGUAUCCCUGGGCACAGCUCUUUAGCUGUAUCCAGAGGAAACCGCUCCCAUUCUAGGGCUUUCAUCACUCCUGUUUCCACGCAGAGAUUUCGGUGCGUACGUCUAUGCAGUGCAAAGAGACCCAUGCCAGCAAGUCUCAGAGCCUGGGUCGACUGACUCCGGCUCGCGCUGCAGGGCUAAACAUAGCAGUGUGGACAUUCAAGUGCGGGCUGGAGCCUGGGCUCUGAGACCCUCCCCCCUUGCAGGGUUUCAGAGCCCAGGCCCUGCUCAAACAGCUGCCUCCCCAGCCCCCAUCGGUUGACUCUGGCUCUGAGACUUGCUGCUGUGGGGUUUUUAGCUGUUUAGAUGUAUCCUUAGCGAUCUCACUCCUUCUGUAUCCUUUUGAAAGGCUCUGUACAUGCAAAGGUGUCUAUUCUUCUCUGCUCUCCUCCUGCUGCUGGGUGAGGAUCCCUUAUAUUGCCACAGACCCUCUAGUUACUAAGGGGGUGUCAAAAUGCGCAUGGUUAGCAUGCCAGAACAAUGGGCUAAGCACCAGCAGUUUCUGUUGACUUCUACUAAGGUUGCAGGUGCGCAGCACUUUGGAAAAUCUGUGUUGUCCAAGGCUUCGGUAUGCAGCAAAUAGGGCAGGGGUGAAAGUGAGCCGGUACGGGCCGGUACGGUGUACCGGUAAGAAGCCAGUACCAGCCCGUAUGCAGCCCACGUUAACGUCAUUGCCCUUUUUGCCCACCCCGGGCCGCCGACAGGGCGGGGCAAAAGGACAGCUGCCCCGGGGCCGGCGAUUUAAAAGGGUCCGGAGCUCCCGGCCACCUCCGCUGCUACCGCGGCAGUGGCCGGAGCCCUGGGCCCUUUUAAAUCGCAGCUGGAGCCCCAGGUGGCAGGGGCCAGGCAGAGCAGAUUGGCUGGCUGGGGGAGGCUGACCCCCCCAACCCUGCCCCUUCCACCUGAGGCCCCGCCCCUUCUGGGGGCCGGAGCUGACCCCCGUACCGGUAAGAAUUUAUUAUGCUUUCACCCCAGAAAUAGGGUCUGGUGAAGGGAUAACCUGGGGGUAGGGGUCCUGGGGAAUCAGUUCAGUGGGAACCCCAAAUUCCAAGGGUGUCUCUUGGCUGGGGUAGGGAUUUGGCCUCCAUGCCCUGGGAUUCAAUUUUUACCCUAGUUCCCAGGCCUUAGUUACAGAAGGGAGAUAGGAGAGAGUUUCACUGACAGAGCCAGGGCAGGCCCGGGACCCUGCACUUUCUCCCCAGGAUUUGAGGUUUGUUUUAAGUGUUUAAUCAGAUCACAGAAAAUUCCUAACAUCCCCUGUCCCCAAAUGCUGCUGAAUGCUAACGUCUUAGUUUAUGUAACAAAGCAAACAAGCCAUCGCCCCUGCUAGCCUCAGAGUGACUCCCCGGCUAUGGAAUGGAGAUGGUUAUUCCAGCAGCGCACCUGCCCUCACCAGCGCUCUGCAAUCCAAAGACCAGCUGAACUGAUAAGCUUCCGGCUGGAGCCAUCUAUUUUAUCUGCAGCUGCAAUACCUCAACUGGCCACAUGUGGAUGAGGGGGCAGCACUGAGUUGGGACCCCAGUGCUUGAAAUGAACACUGCCCAGGUUUGCUCGCGAACGAUAUGAUCUAUAAAAGCACUUUGUGAUUGGAGGGCCCAGGGUCAACAAAGCCUUACAUGUGACUGAAACUUGAAUCCAUUCCAGGACUCCCUAGAGUCCCUGAGCACUGGAAAACCUUGCGUCUAAGCCAGUAUUAAGCGUACAACUCUGUACAUUCCUUAUAGAUGGGCGUUCAGACAUUUCGUACAUGAUGCACUUUGCUUUCCUACCCAUCUUCAGUCCCAGCUGUGGUUCAAAAGCGAGAUCCCCGUUCAAAGCGUUUGCCAGUUGUGUGCCUUUGCCCGGCAGAGGGAAGAGAGUGAAUCUGGAUCAACCCCUCCAUCUGGCUGGAUCACGAUUCACUCGAUAUCGUUUUUUGCAAACUAGAAAUGUAAACCUGCUAGAAUAAUCUAGAAAAUGUGGAUCGGGAUUCAGGAGUUUUGUGUUGCUGCAUGCAUUUAGUAGGCUACACGGGUUAGCGCCGUUCUCUUGAUAGUUGUCAGCAGUCUAAAUUUGUAGCUACUCUUAGGAGAAUCUUUGUAGCUCCAAAACCCAUGUGUGAUGGACUCUUCCAUUUAGCAUGCAGUGGGUGUGUUGAGAGGGGAGAUGGAUCAUUAUGAUGCUAUAAUUUUGGGAAGAUAAUUGAACAGGAUUAUACUAUCUCUGCUACUUGAAGUCUCUAAACCACAGGAUUUGGGGACUUCAACAGCAGAGUCAAGGGAAAGGGGUUGGGACGGCUUUGUGGCCUGCGUCGUGCGGGAGGUCGGACUGGGUGAUCAUAAUGGUCCCUUCUGACCUUGAAGUCUAUGAGUCUAAAGAAGUUCCAUGUCAGGGUGGGAAACUCUGUUGUAUGACUAGAGCGCCACCCAUUGCAAUAUCUUGGUGCUGGCCCCUUAUAAAACACACGCAUGGUAGUGGGAAUGGAUGUCAGGGAGAGGCAGUUGUCAGCCAGGAAUGAGGGGCCUAUUGGGGCUAAGGAUCUCCCUCAGGGUGAAUGUUGAUACUCUGCAGACAAUCGGAUGCCUUUGUGUCUGCGCUGGAUUCAGAUGAGCUUGCCAGAUUCUUUACCCAGUUCUUUGGACCACCCUGAAUGCGCAGAACGUACAUUCUGUUUCCUGUCUCUCUGGUCAGUGUCUGCAAAUUGCUGCUGUUUGUUCAGGGUCCCAGCAGGAUUGGGACCCCAAGUCAUUAACCUGACUUCCAGCAGGUACAACCGAAUGAUCAUCAAUGGGAGCUAUCAGAACUUUUAUGGUUCAAAUGCCCUCAAUCGCUAUUAUUCCCAGCAACGGUGCAGGGAGUUUUUAAAUGAACGGCCAUCGACUUGGAUUGGGUUUUUUAAUACAGGAUCAUUAGGAAUUGAAAGCUGUUUUAUUCCUGUAUUCUGGCUUCCUGAACUGUUAUGAGUGAGAUUAUGGCCUUGAUUUACACAUGCAAUAUAAGGUAAUUGCACAUGUCAAUAUCUGACUGCAAUUGCACCCUCAUUAUGGGACAGGUGAGUGGGUGGGCCCCUGCUUUAUCCAAUGGACAUGAUCUCCAUUUCCUUGAUCUGUUGCUGGGACACUCUGGAGUGGAAACAAUCUCUCGAUCUAGAAAGGAAGGGUCAGGGUGAAAGUCAUGCGCUGAUUUUUGAUUAUUAAUAUUGAGGGUGGCAUUGAGCUGGCGCUGUCUGCAGAUCUCAGACCAUCACUCCACAGCUCCCUACCUGCUGACCUCACAGCUGAAUUUCCAAAACCCUCAGGCCAGGCUCCACCUGAGAGUCUGGAACCUGGGGCAGAGAUUUCCAUCUCUGGCCAUUAACUCCUCUUUGCUGGUCCCUUCGGAAGGGAGACGAUGGGCCAAAUUAAUGGCUAGUGCAUCUCCAUUGGCUUGAGAUACAUACACCAGGGAUGGGCUUGGCCCAGUAACUCUAUAACAGAGUUGAACAUCAUCGGCCUCUCAUGUGAAGUGCACAGCCUCAGCCUCUGGUUUUAACCCUGCAGAGAGAGUGCUCUGGAUCUCUGUGGGUAAGUCUACAGUGUGGCUGGGAGAGGCACCCCUUGCCCAGGUAGACUGACUUGUGCUAGCUCUGCUGGUGCUAAAAAUAGCAGGGUGGAAGUUGCAGCACACUCCGUGGCUUGGACUAGCCACCUGACUCCAAGCCUGCCCGCCCCCUGAGCUCCAAGCAUACUUUUAGCGGCUAGAACAGGGCUAGUGCGAGUCUGUCUUCCCUGGGCUGGGAAGCCCACUCCUAGCUGCAGUGUAGACAUACCCUGUGGGUCUGGAGCUUGCAGAUCAGUGACACUGGUAACAGCCUAAAACCUUCCUUCUCCAACCUAAAGGAGCAGCAGAUCUCCUUCCUCAGUUUACUUGUGCUGCCAGCAGCUCAGAGUCCAAUCCAGAUCCCCAUGAGCCGUCUCUGUCAGGCCUUUGCUGGAGACAGGCCUCCAGUCGGGUCUGCUUGACCCAAGUGUCUCUGCAUCCAAGCUGAUCCUACUGCCAGGGUCAGGGUAUUUUUCUCCAUAGGAGAUAAAUUUAGUACAUUCAGAACAGAGGCACUGUUGUCUUGUAGUUACCAAAGGGACUGGGAGUCAGGACUCCUGGCUGUCAUUGACACACAGUAUGACCUUGGGCAAGUCACUUAAUCUCUUUGUGCCUCAGUUUGUCCAUCUGUAUAACUGGGAUGAUAUUUACCUGCCAUGCAGGGUUGUUGGAAAGCACUGUGAGAUCCUUGGAUGCAGGCACUAUAGACGUGCACCGUAUGAUUAUGUUACGGAAGAAGCAUUGCAACUCAGCAACGCUCAGAAAAAUCAAACGUGACCCCUCUUCCAAAGGACGAUGCAAUCCUUAUUGUUACUGUGGGCCAAGCUGGCAUGGAGAAUUUGUAUGCCCACCCAGUAGAGGGUGCAAAACUGUCUUAAGCGCACAGUUACCCUAUUUGCAAGUGCCAAUUUGCAUGUGCACAAGAAGGGGACCAACGUGUGGCCUUGUGUAUUAACACGUCACUCUUUCCCCAUAAGGGAUAUUGCCUGAAAGAAUUCCUCCCUUUUUAGCCCUACCCUCAAAUUCAAAGGCAGAGCUGGAAAGCCUCUGAACUGACUGAUUUCCCUGCUAAUCCCCCGGGUUAAUCGGAACUGCAGCAUCAUUUGUUUGACAAGAUUUGGGAUGUUUUGUAGGAGUGCAGCCACUGUUUUCCAUCCCACACACUUCCAAGGGCCUGACGCUGUGGGUGCUGAGUGCCCUCAACUCUCAUUGACCUGGAUGGGAGCUGAGGACACUUGCAGGAUUGGGCCCUAAUGGACAAGCCCUGCUGUGUAUUGUCAUUCCCCAAAGAGAGGUCUAGAAAGUGCCUGGUUAAAUUUGCCCCCUCUUGAAAUGCUGAGGGGUUUCACUUGUAAGUUUCUGGUUCAAGAGGUUUAUGCUUUGAUAAGGAAAAUAUGGAAGUGGCAUUGCUGGAUAAACAUGUCCCGACCAGGAGCUCCCCUGCAUGUAUUCACACAUCCAUUGGUUAGGGCACCAGUGCUCUCUUUCCCCUGUUGCUUGUGUGAGCGCCUACAUAUUUGUGCGUGUGGCUUUCCUCUGUCAUUUGUACAGCCUCUUAGCUAAGCUGCCUGGAGUCUGCAAGUGCAGAAGGUCUAUCCUGUCGCAUGUCCAGAGGGGAGAAGCCCUGUGUUCCUAGCAAGGCCUAUGUGGCUGCCCAAGUCCCUGUCCUCUUCACAGAGCAAUCGGGCUGGGUGGAGUUGGAGUCAGGCAGAUGCAGGGCAGGCAGUGAGCAUGUGACUCCCCAGUGCAGAGAUGGGUCCAGGGGUACUGGAACAAUUUGUAUAGUGGGGGUGCUGAGAGCCAUUGAACCAAACUGUAAAUCCUGUAUAAGCUGGAAACCACUUCAAGCCAGGGGGUGUGACAGCAGCACCACUAAUUCCAGCACCUAUGGGUGGGUUCUGCUGCAGCCCAGCAGGGGAGAGCUGAGGUUCUCCCACACUGAGGUUGGACUGGGAAUGCAAGGGACAGGGGAUGUUAUUAGGGGCGGGAAUCCGGUAACACUUAAAGUAUCUUAGUAGCCAUAUCUUAGUAGCCACAGACAGAUUCCAACAACCCAAGAAACCUGAGCGAAUCCAAGUGCCUUACCCACUAGGGGAAAGAGAUCACUUCAAGGAAACCAUGAGCCAAAGGUGGCCCCCAGUCGCACUGUUGAAAUCAACAGGGCUGCACUGGGGGAAAGAGAGCGGAAUUUGCCCCCUUAUCGUCAAGGAGCUAUUCCACUGCCAAACUCCCACGUGUUUAGGAACUGAAGGAAACCUCAGGCAGAGAAAUUGGUUCCGCCGUGCAUCGCCCCCAGGGAGCUGGAGAGGCAGCUGGGUGGGCUGUCUGUCACGGGACCAUCUCACUGGAGAAAGGGGAUGUUUCCAGUGGUGUAGCUCCAGUUACUAUCCCCUCUGCCUGAACUCUCCUUAGCAGCUCUCUGUGGCAAUGCUCCAUGUACAAGUGGGACCCCCCCCCUUUCCAAAACUGAGAUCUAAAUGUCCAAUAGCCUCAGUAGAAGAGAGGGGCCCAAUCCAGAGUCCCAGACCCAGACUUUGGGGGCUGAACUGCCCUGGGUUGAGCCCAUCUCAGCUCAGAAGGGUGUUUGAAAUAGGAAUCUGUAUGGCUGUUUCCUCUCUGCGCCUUUCUGUGCCCCUUCCCCUGCUUCCGUGGUUCUUACCCUGUGGCUGCUCUUAAUCCUUACCAGCUGGUAAGGAAAAUAAACCCUGUGUAAAGUGAACAGGUGGUUGUUUGGGACCAUUUCCUGGUUAUGAUAGAAGGAGGUGUGGCCUGAGCACAGAACUGGGAGGCAGGACUUCCUGGGUUCUAUCCUCACCUCUGCCACUGUCUUGCUGGUUGACAUUGGGCAAGUCACUUAAACAUUCUGUGCCUCAAUUUCCCUAGCUGUCAAAUGGGGAUAAUGAUACUGACCUACCUCACGGGGCUGAUGAACUGAUGUUUGUAAAGCACUUUGAGAUUGUCCAGCGCUGCAUAAGUGCUACGUACUUGAUUCUGAAGGAGACCCACUUCACCUUGAACCAGGUGGCUGCUUAACAGAUCUAGAGUUGAGUUUCAGAGUCACAUCAGAAUGAGAGCAGCUCCAGCCUACAGCUACUUUCCUCCUUCACUUUCAUUGACUCAGUGUCACAGGGAGAGAGUUCCAUAGGGCAGAUGUGUACGGUAGAGAACCUGAAACGUGAUUUCCUCUGCUGGGCAAAUAUCCCAUAGUAACGAAGGCCACAAAGUGACCAAUGAGGCACCAAAACUUGAGCAGUAAAUAAACAAAGGAAAAGAUGACCACAGCUGGGAGCAGCAAUUAAGAAAUGGUUCUGCCACUUUAGUACCUGCUGUCUUUAUUUUUGCACUUCUGGUCUUAAUGGUCACACUGCCUAUAACACGUGUGCUCAGAAAUCCAAGGUCCAAACAGGUGCGGCAGCAUUUCCUCCUACCUAGCCCCCCACCUCCUAUGCAAAACACUCCACUUUAUCUCCUUGUCCUGGUGGGGCUUCAUCCCUAUAGGAGGUGGGCGGGUGGAGAGAUCUACCCACCUGACUUUGCUCUCUUCUCACAGCUGUCUCACAGAUGCCCUCAUGUCCAGAACCAUCUCUUCCUCUGUCUCACACAGGCCUGGUCUCCUCGCACUUUGGUUAUUGUAAGUUAAUGACACCAGGAAUGCUGAAUCAUGGGACCGAAGGCACAGAAAAUUAGGAUAUAGAAACUAAUCUCAUGCUGUUUACAGAUUCCUGUGCUAUCAUAUUUCAUUUCUUCCAUAUUAUAUCCCAGAUCUUGGGCCACAGCACGUUGAGAGGUUUGGUUGCAAUACACCAGACCAGAUGCCGUCUCUGCCAUCCCUUGACGUUUUGGAGAGGACUUCCCCACAAAGCAAACCCUUGUGGGUUAGAGUGGCCUCGAGACAGCAAACUAUUUGAUUUGAAGGCGGUCUUUCUAGUCCCCCUUAUGCCCAUCUUCAUUAAGACCACUUUAGCCAGAGCUCCUGCUUAAAGCCAAAUCAAGGGGGAGAUUUUCAAAGGCAGAAAUGAGAGUUGUUUGCCCAGUUCCCAUGGCUUGUCAAUGGGAGGUGAAAGUUUAACUCCCAUUGUGCCUCUGAAUAUCUGCUCUGGCUUCAGAUCUCAUUCACACAGUGCAGGAUUUGCCGAGCAGAAGGCUUCAUUACUGUCAAGUUCCAGAUCUUCUUGUGCUUUAUAAGUCCUUUCUAUUGUAUAACCAGGGAUUAUCUGAUUGUCAUAACCUUUGAUACUAACUUUUAAUGACUUGUAACAUUUAGGAUGUCAGUGAAUGAGAUUUGUAGAGUGAUUUUUUUUUAGUGUCUUGUAUUUUAUGCCAUCCAUUCUUGUGAAUCAGUAUUUUAUAUUUAACACAGUAUUUAAUAAAAAAUAUAAUGAUAAUGCUAGAGAACAUCAUUUCUUGUGGAGUAGGAUUUAAAUAAAGACUCAAGAUACCUCA